AUGGAUGACAAGCAAGAGCAGACGAUAGAGAAUGGCACGAAAGUAUCGUCUCCACAGAAGAAUGACUUUCUCAAGCUCUUUUGGACACUUGCAGAGAGUGAUUGCAAUGUCCGGACGCAGGCAGCAGUGCAAUUGCUUGCACAUUUAAAGCACAGCACCAAGCAGGACACUGAAGUACAGUAUACACUCAAACGACUGGUGCGUGGCCUGGCAUCGUCACGUGAUGCUGCUCGUCAGGGUUUUAGUACGGCACUUAGUGGUCUUGUGGCUACAUUUCCAAGUCAAAUUGCAUUGCAGAGCACACACGAGUUGCUGUGUGAAGCUAUGGAGAUUCAUUCAUCCAUGAAACCCAUGGAACAGCGGGAGCAUGUUUUUGGUCGUCUUUUUGGACUCUUGGCAUUGCAUCGCUCGGGUCGGUUGAGUGCUGACUUGCCACUGCUUGUGACGGUGAUCAAAGAGCUUUUGGAGAUGGCUACAUUCAAACGCUGGUUCCGUGAGACGUGCUAUGAAGCAGUCUUGACUCUGCUGGUGGAUGUACCAGCGGAACAAUUUUUGACGGAACUGGCUACUGUAAUCAAUAAAUCGUUGCAGAUUCAGUCCUCUAAAGGCAGCGAGGAAGAAGGAAUAGAGGCUUGGAAUGCCGAUCAGGUGCUGCUAGCUGUUGGUGUGCAGCGUUAUCUUCGUCUCAUAGGUAUCGAUCAAGAUAAAAAAUUGAUGAAGCAAUUGCCGGUUAAGUUUGCGGCUGUAAAUGCUCUGCAGCGUCAUAAGGUACAUGUGCUUGCACGUCCACUUCGUGGAUCAUCGGGGUGUUACCCACGCGUGCAUUCGGCUUGGUUUGGAGUGUUUGGUCAUGUACUGAACCCGACGAAGGAUGCAUCGGCUACGCUUGAUGGUGAGCUGUUUCAGGAAAUUUGGAUGGUGUUGGUGGAGAACUCGUUGGUUGGUGGCAGUAGCUCGGAAAACAGUGCUCCUACCAGCCACGAACGUCAAGGCCUGGCAUUAAAGUUGUUUGAAUUGGUGGCUCCCAAGCUGCCUGCACCGGUUCUGAGAGCUAUUCUUACCCCACGUUUUGUCAAGUGUCUGUAUAAUAAUGCUGUUGCCAAGAGAAACUACUUGCAUGAGGCAGCGCGUCACUGUCUGAAGUCGUUUGCGGCUUGCGCGCCUGCCGAGUUUUUUCACUUCUUUCGCAAGCAGUUUACGUCACCUCUUUCUACCUUGGUAACGUCCACUUCAGCUGAUAGCGACGAAGAGGAGGACGGGAGUCCUAAGAAGAAGAAGCAGAAAUUGAGUGCGGGAGGCUUCAAUACACUUAUUGAGAUAGAAGAGAAGAAAGAGCGCGAAGAAGCGAUAAAGCGACGCACGGACCGCGCACGAGUAUGGACUGUUGAGGUUAUGGUUGCGGGUCUUUCGGAGAUGCUGAGCACCAAGGAUGAGUCGUACCGUGCAACUGCAAAGCUACAGGACGACGUGCUCCGUUUUCUGGUAUUUCAUUCAUUCUUUACGCCGUCAAGCGAUGCUGAGUCUACUCCUUCGAAGAAGAGAAAAAAGAAGAAAAAGACAAAGCUGGUCGAGACCACAGAGAUUGCCGAAGUGGUGCAGGAGGCGACAGCAGCAAUUCCUGCCCUCUCGGAGACUGUGGCUAGUUAUGUUAAAACCCGUCUAUUCUCAUUGUUGAGUCUGGGCCUUGCGGGCGCUGAUGGUGUGCAUGCUAGUGCCAGUGUCCUGAGCCGCAUUUUUUCGAUUGCCAAGGACAUGCAAGGAAACAGUGCGACUGUUUCCUUGCGUGAUUCUCUCGACGCCGAAGCUACUUUGCAAUUUAAUGCACUAGCUGACCACGUUGCCAAUUUGAGCAAGAAAGAAAAUGAAGAAGGAAAAAAGUCAAAGAAAACAGCGACGCGGAGACCUCUAACUGAGACGUUCCUUCUGUUGUUUAUGAGUGUUGGACUUCAGUUCUUGGACGGUGAGCAGCGCGACGAUGCCGCUAUCGUGGCUGCCGACUUGGAAAAGUGCUAUGCGCAGCUUGGUGCGCAAGAGCAGAAAGCGACCUCCACAAAACAGAAAAAGAAAAAGAAAAAGGAGAAUGAGUCGGAGGAGAUGAAAGAGGAGCCGGUGGUGGUGCUCACGGAUCUGUUGCUGAGCAUACUGUCGGAGGACUCAAGUGCGUUGCGUGAAAUCGUGUCGCAGGUCUUCCGUUCGCUGCUGCCGCUGCUCAACGGUGCUUGUCUGACCACGAUAAUGAACGUGCUGCAGCCGACAGCUGAAGCUGAAGGUACUGCUGCUGGCGAGGAGGACGAAGAGUUUGCUCCUAUUGCGCGUGGUGAUGAGGAGGAGGAGAACGGAGAAGAAAAUGAAGACGAAGAGGAAGUGAUGCUGGAUUCGACGGACGCUUUGUCUGAUGCACUCCGUAGUGACACGAAGCUAGCAGCACUGCACCGAGAGGAUCUAGCACUAGCUGCUAUUGUGGGGCAAGUGAAGGUCCGCUCACAACGCAAGAAGGACCGCAAGCGCGCUCGUUUGCAGACAAUGCACUUUCAGCUACGGGUUCUAGAUCUGCUGCAAGUGUUUGUUUCGCAGCGUCCAGAGCAAACCAAGGAUGCUACUGCGAAGCACAACGCAUUGGUGUUGUCGUUGGUGGCUCCGUUGUUCCGUGUUUAUACUCGCGUGCAAAAUGCCGAUAGUGAGAAACUCGUGCUUCGGGAUCGCCUGCAGGCUGUGCUUCACAAGGUGCUUCGUACAAAGGACAAGAUUCCGUCUGACGAGACUUCUCAAACCGAAGCUCUUGACUCUCUUCGGCAGAUUGUUGAACUGAUUCGCUCCACACCAAUGGAUAAGGAUCAUGCUGGCAAAGUUGCAUCUGCCGCUUUUGUGUAUCUCGUUCGCGUCAUCUGCUCCAGUGAGUCUUCUAGUGCUGAGGAAGCGCAAACAAUCAUUCGCGAGUUAGUUGUUAAUGCCUUUACGAAGAAGUAUUCCCGUUUCCCGCGUACAUCGUUCGAGGAGCUGCUGACCAAGUUCCCUGCCGUUGGUAUUCGUGUGCUCCUUGAGCCUUUAGCCGCUGUUGCUGCGGCUUCUGAGAAGAAGGAAGACGCUAAUGAAUCGGAGGUGCGAGCGGCUGUUGACGAGUUUUCAAAGUGCGAAGUAUUCCGGUUGCUGACGGUGCUACUUCGUGCCAGCAGCAAGCUGCAGCAGACUAACGAGCUGUCCGAGACUCAAUGCAGUGCUUUCAGUCGUGUACAGCAGUCUCUGAAGACGGCACUUGUGCGGCAAUUGGCUCCCGAAAGUGUACAGCAGCUCAAAGCCAAGCGUAUGAAGGUCGUAAUGCUGUUUGCGUUGCAACUCGUAAAGUUCUGGUGCCUGUCGAUUGACAAAAUGGCGACAAAAGGAGACGUGAAUGCUGUAGUUGCGGCUGUGCAGGUCAUGGACUCCAAGUCACCUGUUGUCAAGGGUAUGGUGAAGCAGAUAUCCGAUGCUGCUGACAAAGUUCAGAAGACCAAGACGAAAAAAAUCAAGCACACGAACAAAACGACGAGCUCUCAAGAGAAACCAAAGCAGAAACGUAAACGUUCUGUUGCUGACACCGUCGUCGUCAAAGCUUAG